AUGGCGAUGAUCAGGGCAUUUCGUGAACAAGAAGGAUCGCACGACGUGCCCUAUGAUCCUUGGAUUCCUGCUACCGUGAACGUACUAGCUAUUUGUCUUUACAUCGUGCUGCUAUCGGUCCUUGUCAUUUGGUCUAUCCGGACGUUUUCCAAAAACCUAGCGAUUGUAUGUUGCUCAAUCAUAGUUGUGGGAUACAUCCUCUUUGAUUUCGGGGUUAUUUUUUACUACCCUCUUCACCUUGUGGCUAAAUGUAGCCUUUCAGAUUUCCAUGGAAUCAUGCGCAACUGCCGUGCUGAAUUCAACGAUGUCCUGAUGGUGCUUCGACGAGGGAAUACACCUAUUACGCUAACCAUACUGGGUGUUCUUCACGGCUUGGUAAUUGCCUUUUCGUUGGCAAGCACUAUGGCUAUUCUUAUGAAAAGGAAGAAGGUAAAAUAUGAAGUUAACGGGCGCGGAAAUGGAUAUGCCGCCAGAAUUCCAUCUGAGGAAAGUUACACAGAUUUAAUAAAUAUAGAAUUAAAAUAGAAAUAUUUUAAAUUCCAUUAGUGCAAUUAUUGGCUCAUCGUUCAACCAGCAAAUAAAUCCAUAGGCGAUCUGCAUUAAUAUGUAUCUCCUUCGUUCACAUUAUUACCUGAUUAUACGGUCCAGUUUUCCUUUUAAAGUAUGCGACAUCACGCCAGUGUAGGAAUCGUUCUGUCUAGAUAAUAUAAUACACGUG